AUGGCACAUGCUCGUAUCUCAGGCAACUUCCCCCCCGAUAUAGAUCCCACAAAAGCUCCUCUUGCUUUUGGAAGGAGGGCCCUUCCCAAGCUGAAUGAAGAGUUAUGUUCUCCUGAGCUGCUAACUCAGCAGCAGGCACUGAUGACGCUCUGUGAUCUGGUCCAUGACCCAGAAAAUGUCUACCAGGUGACAGAAGUAGGAUUCUUGGAUAACCUGAAGACUUUGUUGUUACAUCAUGACAGCACUGUCCGACAAAAAACAACACAAAUCCUCUAUAUCAUGGCUAUGCAUAAUGUUGGCAGGCAAGGGCUGAUACAAAAUGGAGUGAUUUCUGCCAUCACUGACCUCUUGGAUGAUCCAGUAGAUAUCUGUCGGAAGAACAUUCACCAGAUUUUUGAAAUUAUGGCAAAAUUGCCUGAAGGGGCUGUUGGCAUACUACAUGCCGGUUUGAUUCCCUUACUUGUAUUCAAACUGAAGACUGAGUCUGAUGAAAUCCAGGAGCUAAUCCUUGAUACACUCUCCAACUGUCUGCAUGUGGAGGCUUCUGAAGCUCUGGCAACUAGUGCCAUCACUAUCCUGAAGGAAAAGCUCACACACUCAUCAGCAGCCAUCAGAAGCAAAGCAGCUUGCGUCCUGUCAGAAAUUAGUACUCAUCCAGAGGGAAAAAGCGUGGUAUGCGAAGAGAUUAUUCCUGUGCUGGUGAGCCUGCUGGAAGAUACAGAUCCUGAAGUCCAAGCUAGUGCAACAGGAGCACUGAUGUUCGCUACUGUUAAACCUGCGGGGAGAUUCUCAGCCCUAGGUGCUGAAGCCAUUCCACCUUUACUGAAGUUGGUUGCUGAGGAAACCAGCAAAGCCCGUCUGAGUGCAAUCAAAACCCUCACCAUGCUGGCUGAGCUACCAGAGGGCCGCAAGACACUGCUAGAUCAUACAGAUACAUUUCAGCAGUGUCUGAAUGAUCCCUGUGAGGCAGUAAAAAGAGCUGCCAAAAUUGCCAUCAGUGUCAUCAAAUGGAAACCUUUCUGAAGACAGUGACGUUUCGUAGAGAUCUAUUGCCCUCUGUUGUUGUCUGGCUGUAAAAGUUGCAUGAUUAUAUGAGACCUUCAAAAACAACUCUCUUCCUCGGUUACUCUGGAUCAGUUCCUUCUGAGAAGUCAUUUGUCAACGGUUUCACAUCUAUACUACAGGUCACGAGCAGAAUAAUGGGGAAAAAGAGAAGUUAGGAAGUCUAGAAUUUUCCACUAGGAGUUAUUUUCUGAGUUACCAAGAUUUUCCUGUGAUACAAGAAACCAAUGCUUUUUGUUUUCUUCAUCACGUUCUCUUCUUUUCCUUUUUUUAAACCUUAGCCUGUCAAACAUUAAUUAAUAAUUAUAUUAGAAAGAAAGGUUCAUAAUUAACCUCUUCAGCAGUCUUGUCUAUGCUGAGUUUUGCUGCAAACAUUAGUCGAACAUGGAAUUAGAACCAUUUAGAGCAUCAUCACAGAAAAAGCAACAGCGAUGCCAUAGAAGGGUUUCCCCAAGAAAAUUAUGAGCUUUUCCCAGCCUAAAAUACAACCAAGUACUUAGCAGCACCCUUCUAACAUACGGAGUUGCUGACCAGACUUGCCAGCAGCGAAUCUAGUGAAGAGGGACCCUGCUGCCCUGGGCUAAGAGCACCCCAGCCUAACCCUGUCCCUGUGACGAGAUUUAUCCAUGUGAUACUCCAAUAUCCCCAGCUAAUGAUUUCUCAAAGUAAGUUUUAGUACCGGCGCUCGCUUUACUCGGCAGCCCCUUCCGAGCACUGCUGCUGCUGUAUGUGUCAGCAGCCUCACCCUCGGCCUUAGCUGCCGUGAUGGCUCCUGUAGUAUUAAGCUGGUGAGGAUCUCAACAAGCAGGUUUUUCUCCUUCUGUGUGCUUGGAUCCAGGCUCAGGGCUGCCAUGUGCAGUUGUCCAAGCUUAGGGUAAAAGGAAAAUAAGUCAGAAAGACUUUACCAGGGAAGCCCUUGGUAAGGCUCUGCUAGGGACCAACCCUGCUGCCUCUAAGAGAAGAGGGAUCUGACCCCUCUCUGAAAUUGGUUAUGGUACGGAACAAAAGUGCCUCUGUGUUUGUGCUAGUACUUGGUAUUUUGUAGUGUUGUACAGCUGUAAUUUAUCCUUUGAGUAUAAAAACUAACAAAUAUAACAGAAGUGGAAGUGUUGUGCCAGAACUGAAGAGUUUUGCCAUUGUAGCUCACUUUUGGGGGAGAAUGAGGGGGCGGGAGGAAAGCUGACCCUAAUGUUACAGUCCUGUCCAACAGGAGUUGGACAAGGCAGUCUCCCAGAGGUCCCUUUCCAGCCUCGCGUAUUCUAUGAUUAACAGCUGUCUAAACAAAGAGAUGAGGAGAGAACAGAGAACUGAAAAUGCCAAUUCCCUAUUUUGGAAAAAUGUGGUGGUUUGCAUUUUUUUCUUUAAAAAGCUCAACAGUUUUUGUUUUUUUUAAAAAGAAACUUUUACUUCAUAGAGUUGAGAAUAACAGAGACAGUUCAAGCUGUUUGUAGAAGCCAACCUAUCCAAUGAGAUAUAAAUUGCCUGAAAGAAAGAAGGUAGUUGCUGUGUUUAGAGCUGAUGGGUAGUUGAAGUGACGGGAAGUUCAGCAGUGUUUUACUCAUGGUGUAGUCAAGGCAGGUCACUACAGAGAUGUUGCAAAUUUCUCUGCCUGCAGUUGCAAAUGUGCAAUUUAAGAGACAUAAGCAGAAGGCCCAGGCAAAGAAAUAAAAGCAAGCUAGCAGGACAACUCCUGGCCAUUCUCAGUGACCAAGAAAGGCGUGAUAGUGCAGCUGGCUCAGCUUCACAGAGAGUCCUAUUUGUUUUCACUCAGGCUUGGCUCUCACGUGGUAUUUUUCUAUCUAGAAGUUACCAAGUUGUAGCUACAAAGAAGCUGCAUCAUCUGUAUAAAGGGGUUAUUUGUCAGGGCUGCAUUUCUAUUGUGGAAACCCACUGUCACACUGCAAACCUACCCUUAUACAAAGGGUAAACUUGUCCUGUAGGAGUGAUCAAGGAUAAAAUAUUUCUCUUCCAUAACCUAACCAAAAGGCGAAUUUCCUCUCCUGUAAAGAUAGGAUUUGAAGUAUUGAGUCACUUGGA